AAACAUCCUGAUAUUUGAGAGGGUUGAUGUAUUGGGUUUAUCCUUGUACAAAUCAAUCCGAUUUCGCAUUUUGGGACUUUCUUUUCAUCUGACACGUCUUUGGCUAUCUAAAGGAUGACAACAAGGACAGGUAACCCUCUGGUUGUGACAUCGAGAAUGGCUGACAGGACCAACCCAGGGACAAAUAUUCCAUUAUGGCCGUGGUUAUUCCCGAUGCUGGUGCUACUCUUGGCCAUGCCGACUUCAUACUCGAACACCAGGCACGUCGAGAAGCUUUACCACGGAUGCGAACUUAGCAACUAUACCGACACAAUAGCGCAAAGAUGCUUGCAGAGGGUGACUUGUCUGUGGUUGGGAGGAGAAACCUUCAAUAAUGUAACCAGAAACAUCUCCCGGAUCCCCGUCAAAGAGCUGAACAUCACGAAGUGUCGCCGGGCUGCAGUGCCGACCUCAAUCGUCCUUAACCAACAGUCCCUAGCUCCGGUCAGUGGUCUUAUCGGUCUUCACAUCGAGGAUUGCAGUGUGUCCCUAAUAGAAAAUAACACUUUUCAACGAAUGACAAGUCUUCGCUUUCUGCGGUUGAUCCGGGCACAGAUCAGUGAAUUGGAUCGUAGUAUCUUCAGCUCGUUACUUAACUUAGAGCAAUUGGACCUCUCGUCCAAUCCGAUCCGUCACUUAAGCCUGGAACUGGCACCGAAAUUAAACAGCUUAAUUCUUGGUGAUUGUCUACUCGAAGACUUCUCUAUUUGGGCCAGUAUCAAAGGUGUUGGGGAGAAUUUGCAGCUUUCCAAACUAGACUUACACGCUUCCCGAGACUCAUCCCGUAAACAUGGUAACAUCAGCGUCGUGAGGGGGUUAACGAACCUUAUCAACAACGCCUCGGAGUUGAUUCUUGACGGAAACAACCUUAACUUCACUGAGACCUUUUCCUUUGCUGGGUCAAAGGUCACGAACAUAUCCAUGCUGUCAAUCACAGUUUGGAACAGCACACAUCUUGAUGAUAUUGGAGGCGCGCUGAAAGGCAAACUUGUUGAGAAACUAGUCGUGAGGAAGCCAAAAAGCGCAAAAUCUAUGUCAUAUAAGUAUGUUACUUUCGAUGCUUUCGAGGAAGUCGACUUGAAGGAACUUGUGGUUGAAGCGAACUUUCAUCACCCCAAUGUAGGUCCAACGAAUCCUUUUAGGAAGCUUGUGAACCUCACGGGGCUUUAUCUUCGGGAUUGUGCAUAUGAUGUCAAAUACGUUCCAAGUAACUUCACGGGUAUUCUGAAAAAUCUAGAGCACCUCAGUCUCAACUAUGCGUCGUUAGACAACCUGCGUGUGCAUGGUUUGAAAUCGCUUCGAACCCUCGACCUGUCUAACAACAUCGCUGGCAAACGCAACCACCAACUGAACAUAACCGAAGUGGAAAAUCUUCGUUCUCUAAACCUGUCUUGUGUCAACGCAUCAAUUCAACUGCGAAUAGAACAUUGUGUUGGUUUUAGGCAACUGAUCUUGCGGAACAUCACAAUAUCGGAAUACAAGGUGGGUGUCAACAUGACUUUGUGGCAGACACACAUCCCAUGUCUGAAACAGCUCGACUUGAGUAGCAAUAACGCGGAUUAUUUCCCCUUCUUCACUUGGAUAAGCAACGUUAGGGAUGCGUUUCUCGGGCUAGAACAUAUCGAAGAACUGGAUUUAAACGACACGGACAUCGGCGCCGUCGACAGGGAGGAUUUAAAGUAUGUUUUUAAGCCUCUCAAGGGCCUCAAGCGGCUGAACCUAGCUGAUAGUCUAUUCAAACACGACUACCCGGUGGUGAUCUUCCAAAACCAAGCCGAAUUAGAAGAGCUUGAUUGGUCAUCGAAUGCCAUCACAGCCAUUGGCAGUGUUGUCUUCAGUACCUUACGUAGGUUGCGUAGCCUCGACCUUCGCAAUAACCAGCUGAUUUAUAUUUCGGGUAAGGUUUUUACGACGCUGACGAAUUUGCAAACCUUACUAAUGUGGGAAAACAGUUUCGCGUGUAACUGCAAAUUGAGGGGCUUCACUUAUUGGCUAAGUCGCAGCAAAUUCGUUAUUCCGAAGGACGCGAUUUGCGAAAGUUACUCCGAGCCUUGUCGGAGCCCACCAAAGCAUGUUGGUCAUCGACUUGAAAGUUUUCUUCCAACGUGGUUAGACUGCGAAAACCAUCGGGCCAUUGUAGCACUCUCAACAUCCCUCGUACUUUUAUUUUGCUUAUCAGUAUCCCUCUCAGUCGUCGCCUAUCGAAAGCGUCUGUCAAUCCGUUACUGGUACGUCAUCCGAAAACUUAAGCGUAAAAGGGAACGCCCACGGCCUGGUUACAUACCUUUAUCGCGUCGUCAUAGCUACGACGUAUUCAUCGCAUACAUGCCCCAAGAACAAAGAUGGGUGGAACAUACAUUCCGUCCAGAACUGGAACAGUCUAAAGAUGUUGCUUUCAGAGUUGCUACGGUUGAUAGAGAGUUCCAAGUUUCUGGCCGACCGGAAGUCAUCGACUUGGUGGAAGGUGGCUUCGGGCACAGCAGUCACGUUAUCUUUAUCGUCACCGAUGAAUUUCUUAGCUGGGAGAAAUCGGACUACAUGAUGACACAGGCCGAGGUUAUGUACCUCGAGAAGGGCUGCCCUGAGCCUAUUCUGGUGCUCAAGGAAAGGAUAACCACGAUGGACCAAGCACCUCUCAGCUAUAAGCGACUUAUACGUCACGUGGUCCGCCUCCAUUGGCCUCAAGGUCAAGGUUAUACUGAGGAUUUCUGGAAGAAUCUACGACUUGUGUUGCUUGGAGAGUUGAACCCUUCAAGGACAAAAGCAAUUUACGCUGGGUACUAGGAUGGUCGGACACGAUGGCAGAUUCCCAGACUGCCGUUGAUGAGUUGACGGGAUGAGUUGGUCUGAGACUCGGGCAACGAACAUUCGGCGGAGCAACACGAGAUACUCGGACCAUGAAAGCAUCGAUUCGGGGAAAUGAUUUCACAUAUAACUUGGCCUAACACACUGGAUGUACAUUCUACUUCCUGUUCUCCACUGUUCCGGAACAGGCCGAGAAUCCGGGAACGUGUUCCGAAGUCUCGAACGCAAAAUCCGUGCUCUCAGUUAUUGUUACGGCAUUGCGAGAAAAUCGUUUUAAAAUGGUACAGAGACUCCACUUAACCUCACUUUACAAAACGAGAUGUUGUGAAAUUUGGGAGCAAGCGCUUUCGAUGACAUCGUUCUCGGCUCCAGAACAGGGAAUCAAAUACAGCUCUCUAAUCCAUAUUCGGAAAAAUACACCAACUAAUCUGGGGUAUUGACUAUCGUUAUAGCAUCUUUUCCAUACUUGUGUUUCAAUCAGGGAGAAGAAUAUUCAUUCCCUACAUGUAGUUUCACAUAUCUCAGAUCGGUUCAUUACAACAAUAUCGAAACAAAGUCCGAACCGGAAGAUGAUGUCGCAACGAUCAGACAACUUGGUGUCGCCACCCCAUUGUCUAUCUAUUGAACAAGUUUAAUGGCAUCGGGCAUCCCUAUACAUGCUUCCCGAAAUUGGUGGCUUGCAUUGGAACUAACUUUUUCCCCCUUGUCCGUCAUCAAAGGCAAUCAAGUGUGUUGGUCAACCAUGACUAUCUCCUUUGUCCCUCCACCAUAAGGCCUAGUUUCCCCUUAUGGCAUCACUAUUUCGGACACUCAGCGCCCCAUUUCUGGAAAGGUUUAUAUCUAACUUGAAUAUAAUAUUCAGAACCAGUCAUUGAUUGGUCAAACUAUACAGUAUCCAAGCUUUGCACCAGACGUAAAAUAUGUUAUGCAUGUAGGUAUACGCAGUGUGUUUCUGCACUUUCGGUAUUAACGAGUUAAAUACAAAAUGUAGUAGAUAUCGUCUGGUUAAACCAUUCGCCACACAGACAUAAUACAAGGCCUCGUCACAGUUCUCUGCGAGGAGUAUGGGGUUAAAAAUCAGGAAUUUGUCCUACAGCCGCGUUUUCACAGAUUUCACGAAAUACAUUAAAUGUGCAAAUAUUUUAACAAUGUUGUCUCGGCUACUGCGCCGCAGCUCACUUCCUGUACAACAACUUAAUAACCAAGAAAUC